AUGAGGGCGGUUCAAGUUGCACUCGGCAUGUUGCUAGUGGCCUCGACAGUCAUCGCCCAGCUACACGAUGUCGCAUCCAACAGUUUUGAGAAACGUGCCGAGAUGACCUAUUGGCAAAAUUGGUGUAUUGCGGGAGGCGCGGUAUUGGCCGGAGUUGGGACCUUUGCCAGCGGAAUAGCCGGCAUCAUCUCAGCAUCGUCUUCUUCAUCUUCCUGUACCGUUAUCACCAAUGAUGUUAAGUACGAAGGCGAUCUAAAGCGAGAUGCGAUUCCAUACUCCACCGAUACUGGCUCCCUAUCUGUCAACCACACUGGAUUUAUUACCUCUUUGGCCGAGAGCGGGUUCAACACUUCGUCUAAUUUAUGGCGGAGUGAACAGAAUGGUGAUAUGGCAUACCACGGAACUUCGAGUGAUGGCUUAGUAUAUGUUCGAAACUUGAUCCUCAGCAACGAAGGUCAUUUGAAUGGCGUUUUCACAACCGCAGAUACCGAGUCAACCGAUAAAGGAUCUCUUGAGAAACGGUAUACAUGGAAAAGAAACGAGAUUCAAGUAUCUUACCAUGCUACUGGAAAAUGCCACACAACAGCCGACAAAGCCAAGAUCAAGAACAUUGUCGAAGAAGCGCUUUACCACCAAUCUAUUUGGAAGAGGGCGGCUGCAUGUUUUACUAUCUGGUACGACGGUACUUGGCUAGGGCAUGUCAAGAUUCUUGAAAUGACUUCAGGGGGCAAUGUCCUGACUGAAGGAAAAGAAAAGACUUGUCAGGGCAAGAAAUAUGUCUCGAAUACAUGCUGA